CUGGCAAAAUGGCGGGGGCUUCAGGGACUGUGGUCCUCGCCCUUCCAGAUAACCAGGAGGAGAGAGUCGGGACAAACAGCUGGGCCUCGGUCCCCGCAACCUCCCGAGAAGACUUCCGGGUGCGCUGCACCUCGAAACGGGCGGUGACGGAAAUGCUAGAACUGUGCAGCAGCUUCGUGCGAAAGCUCGGGGACGCGCUGCCGGAGGAGAUUCGGGAGCCCGCGCUGCGAGAUGCGCAGUGGACUUUUGAAUCAGCUGUGCAAGAAAAUAUCAGCAUUAAUGGACAAGCAUGGCAAGAAGCUUCAGAUAAUUGUUUUAUGGAUUCUGACAUCAGAGUACUUGAAGAUCAGUUUGAUGAAAUCAUAGUAGAUAUAGCCACAAAACGUAAGCAGUAUCCCAGAAAGAUCCUUGAAUGUGUCAUCAAAACCAUAAAAGCAAAACAAGAAAUUCUGAAGCAGUACCAUCCUGUUGUACAUCCAUUGGACCUAAAAUAUGACCCUGAUCCAGCCACUCGUAUGGAAAAUUUGAAAUGCAGAGGGGAAACAAUAACUAUGGAAAUCAGUGAAGCCAUGAAGUCCUUGCCUGCAUUAAUUGAACAAGGAGAUGGGUUUUCCCAAGUUUUAAAGAUGCAGCCUAUUAUCCAGCUCCAGAGAAUCCACCAAGAAGUCUUUUCCAGUUGCUGUAGAAAACCAGAUGCUAAGCCUGAGAGUGUUAUAGCACAACUAGAAACCACACCAACAGAAACUGCUCCCAGGAAAACCUCUGACAUCGUACUGAAAAGAAAGCGAACUGAAGACUGCCCCCAGAAAAAAUGGUAUCCGUUGCGGCCAAAGAGAAUAAAUCUUGAUACAUAAUUUUUUUUGUUGUUUAUUUGGGGAAUUGAAAACAGGUGAUAACAUUUAAAUUACAGCCUAGUACUCAGAUAGGACUUCAUUUAAACCAACAAGCAACUUUUACCAGUGAUUCAUUUUUACAAGUGUAGUAGCUUUGCUGGGAUAUGAUGUAAUGUUAUAUUUCUCACUGUUUCAUCUAUAGUAGAUGAAAAGCAUAUUUGAGUUUUGGCACAAGGCUCAUCAGUGAGCACAAAGGGUGCAAACUUCUGCUUUCAUUAAGUACCAUUUAGCUCUUGGCCUCCUUGCAGCUUUUACAGAAUUUUAUGAAUAAUGUAUUCCAUGGGGUUUCCUUGAUAUGCAUCUUUCUAGAGAAAAAAAAAGAGCUGUGUAAUCUUUAAGUGUUGAAGAAUAAUCAUUAGUUCUGCACAGCAGCACGUGCAGCUAGGUUUUGUUUUAAUAUAGAUAUAUAUAUGCAGUUUGAUUUUUUUUUUAAAUUAACGUAUAGAUGACAAGACUGGCUUUGACCUUGUUACUCUGAGUUCAGGUAAUUUGGGAUUUUUUUGUUUUGUUUUGUUUUGUUUUGUAAGAUAGCUAAGACAAUUACCAGUGUGGCUGUUAUUCUUAGAAAUAAAAAUUGACAUGUGGCCAAUGUUUCCUGCCCACAUUUAGGUUUUCUGUAGAUUUUUUAGCAUAAUUUGACUUGGAACUAAUAGUUUCUUUGGGGGAUUUCUCACUUAUUCCUUUAUAGAUCAUUCCAGUUCAAACUAUAUAUAUAUAUAUAUAUAUAUAUAGUUAUCAGAUUAAUACACUAGUCAAUUGUCAUUGUGGAACAGAUGCAAUCAUACCAAAGUAUUUUACAUUUGAAGAUGUUUAUAUAUUUAAUAUAUAAUCAUUGGUAGAAGUCCAAGAAAACUACAUGAAAAAAGCCUAUACUUAAUUCUAAUUUUUUAUAGCACUUAUUGUGUGUCUCUAACUCGUUAUGCAAUGUAGAUACGGCUGUUUAAUUUAAUUAACAAAAUUGUUUCACCUUUUGAUGAUUACUUUACCUUCAUCCAUUUUCAGAGGAAUUUACUAAUCAUGAGGUUGAAAAAUUUGUACUGCCCUGGCUCCUUGUGUUUUAAUAAUCAUAAAUGUAUAGAUUUGACAGAAGGUCUGUCUCAGUGACUUACAAAGCCACUUUACUGCAUUCUGUGUUUUAAUGUUAUAAUUUGAGACCUGUAUAUUUGUACAUAGCAGUGUGUUUUUUAUUAAAAUAAUGUACAAAGCCCAAAAUCUUGAUACUGUGUAUUUUUAAGAGUUACCGUAGGGAUUCUUAAAAUCAGCUUUAGUCAGAUGGUAGGUCACUUCUCUGCAUUUCCUUAUUUUUUUAAUACCAGAGGGCAUGUGCAUGCAUGUAUUACAGAAGGAGAGAGAAAGCACCCACCAA